CUUUCUAGGGUUUGACCUUAACUAUAGUGAUUGAACCCAUCUUCUCGAAUGAUCCUCGUGAUCCGGUCGUUAACUGGUUGAUUUUCACAACAAUUUAUGUUUCGUUGUCAUUUAUGAAUGAUGUGGUUGCAAAAAUAGAGCAGGAAUAGAGUAUUUUUUAUGUGAUAAAGAAGAAGGUUAAUUAUACGGGGUCAUGACGAGUCUCGUGUCGAAGCAUCUACUUCGGCCCCGAGCAUACCUCAAGUGAGUCAGGUCAAUAUUAACGUAGAGAGCAACAUGGCCAUGUACUCUUCGCCCUUUGUGUCCGUGUAGGACUAGGAAGCAGUCUAGUUCAUGAAUGUAAAUUCCUAAGUUGAUGAGUUUCAGGGUACGCAGAAAUAUUGGUGUAAGAUCGAUUGGCCAUGUAACAUAAUAAGAGAAACACCUUUCAAGUGGACGUAGGUUCACCCUUGAACCACGUUAAACAAAGCGUGUAACAAGACUACUACUUCGCACCUCGUGUAUGGAGAUGUAGAUGUCGUCAUGCUGAACCAAGUGAAUCAUUUUGUAUCUUAUGACGAAUUUAUGUAGUAUUCUCAACAUUUACGCAUGGUAUGUGUCGAUAAUAAUUUGUGGAUAGAUCAUAACAUAUAGUUGACGGUUUUCUUGUAAUAUAUACAGUAACCAUUCCACGCAUUUCAGGAAAUAUUCAUAGGGUCAUGAAUGGAUCUGAAUAUAUGUAGUCAGCACCAUUGUUAAUCGUGGCCGCCGAGCUAUGCUGGUCAAGUGGUCAUGGAAGGCUCUAUCUAUAGCUUAUGGUGUUGAAAUAUAUUACUUUGUGUACUUGUUUGAAAUUAGCCAGCCGCCUUUGUACAUAUAAAUACGUAGCAUGUAACCUGUAAAACCCUAACGGAAAUAAGAAUUUACUCUUGGAGAGUUCUAUCUCUCCCGUGGACUAGUCCUGAUCAUCAGGGAAACCACGUUAAAUCCUUGUGUUCUUUAGUUUUUAUAUGCAAAUUGUCAUGGUAUCAGAGCACUGAUCCGUUCGUUUGGUGGUUUUUGCGUAGCACGUUUGUUAUAGCUUUGGUCGUGUGUUCUUGCGGUUGGCGGCGCUGGAUUUGGUCCUUGCUGCGUUUGGGGAUUGUGCAAGAUUCUGCUGGUUCCUUUGCUUCGGCUGUAUUGGUGCUCGUUGUGGGAGGUUCUAUUUGGCUAACUCUACGGGUCUUCAUCGUUGGCGUGAUCUCGUUUGAUUUGGCGUGUGUGGUCAUGGAUUCCUCCAAGCUUGAUUCGGUUUCCAUCAAAUUUGAUGGUAAGAAUUUUCCAUUGUGGGAGUUUCAAUUCAGAAACUUUGUUGCUGGGAAGCGUCUUUUGGGCGUUCUGACGGGUGCAACUAAGGCUCCUGGUGUGGACGCGUCGGACCAGGCGCAGGCUGAUUGGGCGGCUUCGAACGCUCAGUUGAUUACUUGGCUGGUUGGUAGUGUGGAUGUCGCUACGGGACUGAGUUUGCGUCGCUAUACUACAGCUGCGGAGAUGUGGGCGCAUAUCACUCGUACCCACUCACAAAACAGUGUAUCUCGGCAGUUUGAGCUCGAGAUUGAGAUGGGUCGUUUGGCUCAAGGGGAUCGAGAUAUUCGAGGAUUCUAUCAGGAAAGUUUGCACUUAUGGACUGAGUAUGAUUUGUUGACAGCCUCCCUUGUCACUGGGGCCGAAUCUGAUGCUAUUUUGAAAGAACGAAGUCGGACUAGGGUGAUGCAAUUUCUUGCCAAAUUGCGCCCAGAGUUUGAGCCCAUUCGAGCUUCUUUGAUUCACCGCGGGGUUACUGUUAUUGAGGAUGUGUUGGGUGAGUUACUUAGAGAAGAAACACGUCUCAAGAGUCAAUCUAAGAUUGACAAUGCCACCUCUUCUGAUGCGGCAUUUGCGGUGGGCCGAUCUAGUUCCUCCUCCCGGCCUCAGUUUACUCGGCCACCAACCGGAGAUGUGAUUUGCCAUUUCUGUCAUGAAGGGGGACAUCUUCAAAUUCAUUGUAAGAAGAGGAAUUUUUGCAACUAUUGCAAAAAGGCUGGUCACAUUGUCUUGGAAUGCCCUACCUUAACUCGUCGGGGGAAAGUACGUUAUCCCUCAAGUGGCUCUUCGUCGACUUCGGCCUAUGCGGUGACUGGAAGUGGUGCUGCUUCCGAUGGGUCUGUCCCGACCUCUUCAGCAGCGUUGGUAGGUACGCCAUCAUCCCAGCCAUUCUCAUCGGAUUUGAUCCGCAAACUGGUACAGGAGGCGCUCAAUGAAGCAUUGCCAUCUGCUUUGACUUCCGCUUUCUCUACAGGCGCAGCUUCAGGUAAAUCCAUUCGUUGGCUUCUUGACUCGGCCGCAUUUAAUCAUAUGACCCCUGAUCGUACAUCGUUUACACAUUUACGUGACCCUCCUGAUCUUCAACUUCAAGUAGCUAAUGGUGCUCGCCUAUCAGUGGCGGGUUGUGGUACUUCCUCGUCUGGUUCUGUUACUCUACCCGACACAUUCUUUGUUCCAUCAUUACAACCCAGCCUAGCUUCGGUGGGUCAGUUGGCUGAGGCCGGCUGUGAGGUCAUCUUUAAUAAGCAGGGUUGUGUUGUGCAGGAUCCGCAGACGGGGGAGGUUCUCGGGAAAGGAAGUAAACGUGGCCGUGUUUUUAUCCUUGAUGAACUGCAAGCAUCAAGGCUUUCUGGGGAGGGCUGUUCGUUGCUUGCUGCUGCUGUUCGGCCGAAGGGAGGGAGUUUGGCGUUGGAGACCUAUGGAUGUCCAAAGAAUUUGUUAGCUGAUAGUUUAUUAGAUGAGCAGUAUGCUCAAUUUGAGACCUUUGAUUUGUUGGAGGAAGAAAUUGAUUCUCCUCAGACGUUGACACAGGGAUUGUUUGGUUUUUCAGUUCGCCCAUUGGAUUUUUCAGUUAAAGCCUCGAUUUGGGAUUUAUGGCAUCGGCGGUUAGGACAUCCACACUCAGGUCGUUUGACCUCUAUGUUUCGCCAGAAUUUGUUGCCCGAUAAAUUUGAUCCCGCUUUUGCUACUCAUUCUCCGUGUGUAAGCUGUAUUGAGGCAAAGAUGUCUCAGAUAUCCUUUUCGCCAAGCACAACAGUUUAUGAGAAUUCUUUUGAUCUUGUGCAUACGGAUUUAUGGGGGCCAUCACCAGUGACCUCACGUCUGGGAUAUCGUUAUUUUGCAUUAUUUAUUGAUCAUGCUAGUCGGUUUACAUGGGUGUUCUUCCUUCGGAAGAAAUCUGAGUUGGUGAAUUUUGCUAAAGAAUUUGUGCAUAUGGUUAAGACACAGUUUGCUAAAAAUGUGAAGGUACUACGAUCAGAUCCCGGCGGUGAGUUCACAUCUAAUGAACUACUUGCGUUUUACAAGGAGGAAGGGAUUCUUCCUCAGGAAUCGUGUCCUGGAGUUUCUCAACAGAAUGGAGUUGUAGAACGCAAGAACCGGCAUGUUCUUGAGCUCACUCGAGCACUUUUGUUUCAUUCUGGAGUUCCCAAUCGAUUCUGGGUCGAGGCUAUUCAGACUGUGGUAUAUCUUAUCAACAGGCAGAUUACGCCUGUGUUGGAUCAAUGUUCUCCAUACCAGACUUUAUACGGUAAGAUGCCUGAUUACUCUACAUUGCGUGUUUUUGGCUGCGUAUGUUUUGUAUUACUCCCUCGUAGAGAACGUCAUAAGCUUGCUCCGAAGACAGCUCGGUGUGUUUUUCUAGGCUACAGUGCUAAGCAUAAGGGUUAUCUAUGCUAUGAUCCGACGGAUCGUCGUAUGAGAAUUGCGUGCCAUGUUGUCUUCCUUGAGCAAGUUAUGUAUUAUUCGGUGAAUAGGGAUGAGUUGCCGGCUGAAGAAUCUCUGGAUUUUCUGCUUCCUUUGCCUUCUUUUGGUUCCGACGUUACCAAUCCACCCCAUGCAGCCACGUCCGGUGCGACGUCCUCCUCUUUUGGGCCAAGUGAUAAUUCUUCCUCUCAUUUGUCUUCGACUGAGGAUAGUUCUCCAUCUACGCCAGGCAAUGUGUUGCAUUCUUCUUCUUCUGGAUUGGGAUAUUCCUCGGCAAGCAGUAGUGGGUCUCCGAGUUCUCUUGGGUCAACUGGUUCAUCCUCAGCAAGUAGUGCUUCACACUUCUCUGAGCCGCCAAGUCCGCCUGCCCAGGCCUUAGUUCCCUUGCGACGAUCCAAUCGUGCCAAUUUGGGACAACCCCCCGUUCGAAUGCAAGAUUAUGUGGGAUUUUCUACUACUCCCAUUAUGAUACCGUCUAGCUAUGCUCAGGCGAAGGAUGAUCCGCGCUGGCAGGGGGCGAUGAAGGAUGAGACUGAUGCUCUUGAAGCCAAUCACACGUGGGACUUAGUUCCUCGCACACCCGAGAUGUCUGUGAUCGGCAGCCGUUGGGUUUACAAUAUAAAGAUGCUUUCUGAUGGUACUCUUGAGCGCUUCAAGGCUCGCGUAGUAGCUCAAGGUUUCAAACAGGAAUACGGCAUCGAUUAUGAAGAAACAUUUGCUCCGGUUGUAAAAAUGCAAACUGUUCGGUGUGUUUUUGCUGUUGCAGCUAUGAGGGGUUGGCCUCUGAUCCAGCUAGAUGUAAAGAAUGCCUUCCUUCAUGGUGAUCUUAAGGAGACAAUCUAUAUGGAACGGCCUCCUGGCUAUUCCAAAGGAGAUUCGAGUAUGGUCUGUAAGUUGGUAAGGUCUCUCUAUGGUCUCAAGCAAGCACCUCGUGCUUGGUUUGAGAAAUUCCACGGUACUAUAGUUCAAGAGGGAUUUGUCCAAAGUCAAAAUGACCCGUCCUUGUUUAUUCGUCGUACGGUGGAUGGGAUUAUUGUGUUGCUGAUCUAUGUGGAUGAUAUGGUGAUCACGGGAAGUGAUGCAGAGGGAAUCUUAGAGUUAAAGGCCUCACUGCACAGGUCCUUUAACCUCAAGGAUCUAGGCGAUGUGGAGUACUUCCUCGGGCUGCAGGUUCAACGUUCUGCUCAUGGUUUGUUUGUUUCUCAGAAGAAGUACAUCAAGGAUCUGUUGGACACUGCACAAUACAGCAAGUGUAUUCCGUGUUCAACACCAAUGGAACAAAACUUGAAACUCACCCGUGAGAGUGGUGAUCUGCUAGAUAAUGAGGAGCAGUCGGUUUAUCGCAGUUUGGUUGGCAGCCUAAUUUAUCUUACUCAUACUCGUCCCGAUAUUUCUUAUGCAGUGCAGGUGGUUAGUCAGUAUAUGGGGAUGGCGAGGACUAUGCAUAUGGACGCAGUUCAUAGACUUCUGCGCUACUUGAAACAAACUCAGGAGGUUGGUAUGUUCUUUCCUGCCGAUGGCGAACCCGUUGUAGAAGCUUUUGCAGAUGCAGAUUAUGCCGGGUGUAAGGAUACAAGAAGGUCUACUUCAGGAUGGUGUAUUAGGGUGGGAAGAUCGUUUGUUUCAUGGAGGUGUCGUAAACAAGAUCGAGUAUCGAAGUCUUCAACAGAAGCAGAGUAUCGGUCUAUGUCUGAGGUAAGCUCUGAAAUGGAAUGGUUACAUCGGCUACUUGGGGAAUUGGACAUGGCAUGUCAUCGUCCUAUGCAGAUAUAUGGGGAUAAUACUAGUGCGAUACAGAUUGCCAUUAACCCUGUAUUACAUGACAGGACGAAACAUAUUGAGGUACAUGUCCAUUACAUUAGACAGCUGAUCGCAGAAGGUACAAUACAGGUUGGUUAUCUUUCUACGGAGGAUCAGACUGCAGACAUUCUGACAAAGGCGUUGGCUUCUAGUAGACAUUGGUUUCUAUCGUCCAAAUUAAUGUUACGUACCCAACAUCAAUUUGAGGGAGGGUGUUGAAAUAUAUUACUUUGUGUACUUGUUUGAAAUUAGCCAGCCGCCUUUGUACAUAUAAAUACGUAGCAUGUAACCUGUAAAACCCUAACGGAAAUAAGAAUUUACUCUUGGAGAGUUCUAUCUCUCCCGUGGACUAGUCCUGAUCAUCAGGGAAACCACGUUAAAUCCUUGUGUUCUUUAGUUUUUAUAUGCAAAUUGUCAGCCCUAUUUUCUUGCCAUUUUUUUCUUCGGGCUGAAUGUUUAUUAAGCUGCCAUUUGAAUUCAACAGGAACUGAAAUUGACACCCUUUUCUACAACAGAAUAAUUUGACCAAAAUCUCUACCAACUUUGGCUUUCAAAUCUCUUGGCUGCCUUCAAGCACGUCUGUGAUCUCUGUACGGCAAUAUAUUUGGUUGGGGAGAGGAAGACGGAGAGAGAUCGUUGAACACAGGAAUGCUAGGCAUUAUUUCUUGUUUGAUUAAUCAAUAGAUCGAACUCCUAGAAACAUAAAUGAAUAUUCAUUCUAUAAUCAAGGUAUUUAUCUGCUUUCGUAGUAACAACGAUGUUAUAAAACGCGCUGCUACGGAUCGGGAAAUCGCAGGAAUCGACAAAGCAAGAAAGCGAGAAUCGAAAACACGACACACGAUUUACGUGGUUCACUAACACGAUGUGUGUUAGCUACGUCCACGGGCGAGAGAGAGUCAGUUUCACUAUAUCAAGGAGAUUACAGAUUACAGAGGAGUAUGAGAAGUAUUUAUAGUACUUCUCCAUGUGGGUCUAAACCUAAUCCAAUAUGGCAAAGGAAACGGUUACAGACCAGGCCCACAACCCGGUCAGCGAGACCCCCGAUUACCAGUCGUAGCGGCUGAUAAUCCGAUUCAAGUCAUAUCAACAAACGACUAGUUUGGGUGCGAUCAUACCAGCUCUCAUAAGCAAAACAACAACGAACUAAUUCCUAUAUUUAAAUUUCUCUUCAGUAAAAGUUAUUUCAUAUAUGAAAAUAGACCGACAUAGAACGUUUUAGUAAUGAUUAAUAGACAAAGUGAGCAUCAACAUGUUAAACCGAAAAUAAUUAACCCUAUCAAGCUAUCUCGUUCUUAAGUUGUAACUCGAUAUCCUCCCUAACACAUGUGUCUAGAGGGCUAGGUCGGUUUGUACAUGGGGUAGUUUGAUGCGGAUGAAAACCAACUCCAUAAACAGAGCAAAAAAUAAUUAGUGGCCGAACAACGUAACACGUAACUCUUUUUUUGUUCUCUCUCAUUUUCUUCGUCCUAUAUUAGGAGUUACAAAACCACCAGGAUGCAAGAGAAAAAAGUAAUAUGGGCCUGACUACAAUCUAGCUCAUAACCUCAUUUUGUUAUUUCAAAAAUCAAUUUUUUUGACAAUAGUUCGAAUUGUCACGAAAAAGUCCAAGAAUAAAACUUACAUCACUGUCAUUACAACAACAACCACGCAGUUUUUUAUUAAGAGUUCAUCAAUUUGUUUGAUUGAUUGCUUACUGUUUUUUUCUUUGUCCCCAUUGUACACUUUGAGAGGAACUUUCCUUGCUCUCCUCGCCAUGUUCAAUCAAGUUGGAAGAAGAAGAAAGCAAUUAAAACCCCCCAUUGGAAUCGUCUCUACAGUAACAUAUUAUUCCAUAGCGUUUUUGGACUCAUCAACUCAAUCUAGAGGGCUUUGGUUUGCCUUGUUUGUCAAGGCUAAAACAACAAUCUUCAACACAAGAAGCUGUUUUUUUCUUUCUUCCCCCAUCAUGGGUCCUGCCAUUUGAAACAGGCUAAAAACAGCACGUUUUAUUUUAUUCACACAUAAAAACAACUACAAGGC